AUGAUUUCUUAUUAAAGAAAACUUCCCUAAAAUUUCCCUCCUCCGGCGCUCCACUAAAAUCCAGUACCAAAAACCUCCAGUCAGUCUCCUGCGGCACUUUUCAGUUCUCUUCAACCCAAGAAUUGGUACGGUUAUCAAUAUCCCAAAACCCCAUUUAUCAAUUUCGUACGCUUCACAGCAACAAUGGAAAGUAGGUCGCGUUUAGCAGGUAUGGAAGUUCCCAUUAUUGGCAGCGAUUCGGUCAAGUUCGUUCAACUCUCCCUUCCCUCUUCUACUUCCACUUCCGCUUCCGCUUCUUCUCCAACUUCUCUUACAAGAGAUGUGGGUUCUUGCUCCAUCAUUGGAAAUCCUCCCGCCUAUUUCACUUGGAAAAUUUGCAGAAGUCAGCCAAAUGUGCUGGAAAUAAUGGAGUUCUGUGGUUAUAAGGAGUUCCCCAAAACUGGAUUGCAAAUUGUAUUCCCAGAAGCACUUUUUCCAUUUGCGCUGAUCUGCAAAAAUGAAAUGACAUUUUCUUCUGUCAGACCGUAUCUGCUUCAUGCCAUGACAGUAUCUGGGGUUGCUUAUCUUAUUAGACUUGAAAACAUCUCCAAUUAUGUAUCUAGCUCCCGCUUGCAAUCCGAUGACUUUGUUGAGUUCAACACUCUGACCCAUCCUCAUCAAGGAGCAACAACAGCAGUGGCAGGAAUAGCAGAAUUGAUGGUAGUUGGAAGAAGUGAUGGAUCUGUUGGAUGCUUCCAGCUUGGCAUCCUUGACCACCGAGCUCCAGGCUUUGUGCAGGAGCUGCGUGAUGAUGGUGGUCUUGGUCGUUUGUGGGGCGUUUUGUCAAGGGGCAGGUCGAUUGCAGCAGUGCAGGAUCUAGUAGUAUCAGAGUUCCACCAGAAAAAGCUUCUAUUUGUGCUUCACUCUGAUGGAAGCUUACGUGUGUGGGACCUUUCAAAUCAUUCCAGAAUUUUCAGUCAUUCUUUGAGUGUUUCACCAUCUGCAGGCUCUAGUUCUGUAAGGAUAUGGGUGGGAAGCGACCACAACAAUCCUGAUGCAAUUCCUCUGGCAGUACUACGAAAAGAUGAUUCGGAAGUUGGCACAGCGAUGAUCUCUUUGUAUAGCCUUUAUUUCAGUACUGGAGACAGAAUUAACUUGUUACUGGAUCCUUCAACAAAAAGCAUCUCAUUGGAAGAGCCUCAGGGUGAAGUCAUUGAUGUAAAACUUACUCCAAAUAAGCUGUGGAUACUCAGCGAAAAUGGAUUGGUCAUGAAGGAGUUGUUUUGUCAAAAUAGGAAAGAGGAAUUAGCUUAUUGCUAUUCUUUACAGAAUACAUUUGUUGCUGAGCAGCUGUUUCAAGGCUCUGAAAAUUCUUCAGAUGAUCUGCUUUGGCUUUGUCACACAGUUUUGUCAUCUUUAAAGGUACUCUAUACAUGCUGCUUUAGUAUCUUUUCUAUUUCUUGUUGUCUCUCCUUGUUGAUAUGUUCCAUUUGUUUACAUAGUCAUUUGCCUUUUCCUCCCCAAUUUGGUAAACUUCUUUUGAUUUUUUUUUUGCUGUAUAAACAUUGCGGCUCAACUUUAAAGGUUCUGCAGUAUCUUGAUGUCGUCAAUUAAUGUUAUUGACAUGUCAGAUUAAGCAUCAAUAUUAUUGUGAGAAGGUAGGGAGAAAAUAUGA